GAUUUGAAUUGUGCUGCACUUCUCCAGUAUAAAGUGGCAUUGAAACAUCCUGUAGUGUUUAUCCUUUUAGGAUAUUGAACAAUAGACGUCGAAUCUGAAGCUGAGCAGUAGCUCGGAGUUUGAAACGGUCUUUGCAAGUAACGGCUAAACAUGCUGCACGAUGUCUUCGAGUAGCAGGUUCACUUCGGAAAAGGUUCACUAGGUUUAGCCAAGGCACUGUUUUGAAUGGCAUUACACCUUCCGAUCCAUGCACAUCACCUUAAUGCAAAUCCGAGCUACGCUCAGGGAAAUCGGCUAAAAGCGAUUUGAGUCCUUGUGAUCAAUUAGCAUAAUAGCAACCCUGUAAUCAUUUGAGAGGGAGAGAAAAAAAAAUACCUUUAAGGAUCUGAUCAUUUGACUAUUUUGCAAGGGAAGUUGUUUCCACAGCAAACAGUCUUAUUUGAUGUUGUGGAGGCUGCGCGCAUGCGUUGCGCCUCGGAAUUAUUGUACUGCCUUGGACUAAGUUGCAUUCCUUGAAUCUUCGCUCAAAGCCUUUUCUAUAUUCAAAGUUAGGAAUGUGGAGAGUUCAAGACAGAGGAUGCUUCGGGAUUUUGUCGUUCCCCAUGUUGGUGGCCAUGGUUUGCUAUGCCCAGAGAGUUAAUGAGUCCAGCAACAUGUCAUAUGUGAAAGAAACCGUGGAUAACUUGCUGAAAGGAUAUGACAUUCGAUUAAGACCAGAUUUCGGAGGUCUGCCUGUGGACGUGGGUAUGAGCAUAGACAUUGCCAGUAUCGACAUGGUCUCUGAAGUCAACAUGGAUUACACUCUGACAAUGUACUUCCAGCAGUCCUGGAGAGACAAAAGACUAUCCUACUCUGGAAUACCUCUGAACCUCACAUUAGACAACAGGGUGGCUGAUCAGCUUUGGGUUCCUGAUACCUAUUUCAUUAAUGACAAGAAGUCAUUUGUACACGGCGUUACGGUGAAGAAUCGUAUGAUUCGCCUACAUCCAGACGGCACAGUCCUCUAUAGCUUGAGAAUCACAACCACAGCAGCGUGUAUGAUGGACCUGAGGAGAUAUCCCUUAGAUGAGCAGAACUGCACACUUGAAAUAGAGAGCUAUGGAUAUACAACAGAUGAUAUUGAAUUUCAGUGGACAGGUGGUAACUAUGCAGUCACAGGAGUGGAGAAGAUUGAAUUGCCACAAUUUUCCAUUGUUGAGCACAAACUUGUUUCAAAGAGAGCAGUUUUUGCCACAGGUUCUUAUCCAAGACUAUCACUGAGUUUUCGACUUAAAAGAAAUAUCGGCUACUUCAUCCUGCAAACAUAUAUGCCAUCAACCUUAAUCACAAUUUUGUCAUGGGUCUCCUUCUGGAUCAAUUAUGAUGCUUCUGCUGCAAGAGUUGCACUAGGAAUCACAACUGUACUUACCAUGACAACUAUCAGCACCCACCUCAGGGAAACCCUUCCCAAGAUCCCCUACGUUAAGGCCAUUGAUAUUUACUUGAUGGGUUGUUUUGUCUUUGUAUUCCUGGCUUUAUUGGAGUACGCAUUUGUUAACUAUAUAUUCUUUGGAAGAGGGCCACAGCUUCAGAAGAAAGCAGCUGAGAAAGACACUCAGACCCAAGUGAAAGGAAGACUGGGAAACAACAAAGCUCAGGUGGAUGCACAUGGAAAUAUUCUUCUAACCACUCUUGAAAUUAGAAAUGAAAUCACAGGUUCUGAGGUGUUGACGAAUAUCAAUGAUCCAAGAACCACCAUGUUUUCUUAUGACAGUGGCAGCAUUCAGCACAGAAGACCCGUUGCAAGUAGGGAUGGCUAUGGUAGAAGUGCUUUGGAAAGGCACGUGGUUCAGAAGAAGGGACGUUUACGACGACGGACGUCACAACUGAAAAUAAAAAUCCCAGAUUUGGCUGAUGUUAAUGCCAUAGACAGGUGGUCACGGGUGGUCUUUCCUGUCACAUUUGGGUUUUUUAACUUGGUUUACUGGCUUUACUAUGUGCAUUAGCUCAAUUAUUAUGUACUGUAAUAUUAGAUUUCCUUUUUUGUUUCCUCUUAUUAACCCUUAAAGGACUGUAAUAGCAACACAUCAAGGUAAGAUAUUCAGCCCGAUUAUAGUUUGGAGGAUUAAAUACAUACAUUGAGUUUGUCAAUGAAUUUGUGUCUGAUGACUACAAAUGGUUUGGCUUUAAAAUAAAUUACCACAACUAAAUGUUUAAGUCCUAGCCACCGCCAUCCAGCAUCUUCGAUUUUAAAUAGGAAACAGAGUCUGUUUCUUUAUAAAAUAUUUGAGCAUACCUUCAAUAUUCCCUGCACGUCUCCCACUGGGAAUCAAGAGAACAAGCUGUACUGAAAGACGUUUACUGUAUAGAAAUGUGUUUGUUACUAUUGAUGAUCUUAGUAGCUGAAGGCUGGUUGCCUCUGAAUGCCAGUCCUCCAAACGCUAUUUUUGAUUAUGUUACCCAUUCCAUUUCAACUGGAUUUAUACAAAGUAAUGGGCAAAACAACAUUCUUUGAUGGCAGCAGACACUCAGCAGCUAUUAACAGCAAUGCUCAUUUCUGGACAAAAUUGUUAAGCAAGCAGGAAAGAGCAAUUGGGGAGGUGCAGGAGAGUGAGUUGUGGUGAUUACAUUAUUGGUGCCAAGCAAUCUAACCAUUAUUCAUGCCCAAUUCACUCCCACUAGAUCAAAUUUAAUACACUGUAUAUAUUCCUCAAAAGGGCAGACCUAAUUAGCACUCAAAUGUUGGAGCUUUAAUAACACCUCCCUUCUAAAUCACAGCCCUGUGACCCCAGAAACCUCAUAAAUGUCUUUUACUCCACGCCCACUCCCCUCAACAUACCAUCACCAGUCAGAGCUUAAAAUCCUUAAAUACCAAUCAAUCUUCCAACCAUGGUCCUGAUUUUUUGGUCCUUUUCCAAUGAAUCAGAGCCCCCAUAGAAGGUGCAUUUGGAACAAUGCUAUUAAGGUUACAAAUCCUCCACAAAUUUGGCUUUGCCAGAUUUUCCCCAUGCUGCUGGUCUUCCCCACACCAUUCCCCACUCUCCUUUAAAAGCAGGGAAAAAGACUCCCAGGAGGUUAUAGAAGUAUCACAUGUAGAAUUAACUGCCUUUACUUGGCCCCACUGUUACACCCUAAACUCAGUUUCUGCCUUGUGUAUUACCUGUGCAUAAUCCUUUGUUUCCCACAGAAUACUUCUUUGUCACUUACUCUCCUGGUAUCAUAAACAUGUGGCUAUUAUAUAAAAAUGUCUAAGCAACAGUACAUUAAUUUAAAGUAACCUGAAACGACUCAAGUUUAAUUUGCAUAGUCACCACAAGCACGUGAUAAAGAGAUGCAAAGCAUCAUUUCAUCACAAUCCUUGCUUGCAUUGUGUUUUGUUUCUCCUCAUUUCCCCUUUCACAUUGCACAUUUCUGUUGCCUUCCCAUCUCCGAAUUCUGAACAGAAUCAACUCCCAUUGUCUUAACAUAUUUCACUUUAUUGGCAAUGAGGUGAUCUUCGUUUGUGUUUUAUUUAGCAUUUUUGAUGUACGUUUGUAAUUUGAAUUGCUUCAUAUAAGGAAAUUUUAGCCAGAUUUGACAUGCAAUUGGAUGAGACUGUUUUGUUAUUAAGCAUACCCGUGAGUUUACAAUCUAGGGUGCAUUUUAAUGCAACCACAGAAUGCACUCAUCCAUUUUUGCACAGAUUAUCAAACCAUUCCUACUAUGAUCAGCCAUUUUGAAUUAUCGACGCCCCCAAGUUUACUCAGAGAAUCUUAUCACUUGUAAGAGUGAAAUUCACAGGAAUUUAUUCCAUGAAUAUUUGGAUUAAAAUAAAUGUAUUCUUUAUUCAGGCAUUUCUAAUUUUGCUUCAAUUAUCAAUCGAUAAUUCUUCCCAACUUAUUGUUCUCAUUAUAUUUUAAAUUGUAUCAGGAGAGGGGAAAGAGAAAAUAUCCAAUUCACAUUCUUCUCCAUGUGCCAAAGUUUUAUACUCAACUGUACUAUUAAUGACAAGUCAUAAGGUUUUGAAGUCAGAAACAAACAGAUUUUACAACUGUAUUUACCCUGUACAUGGCUGAAUAUAGUGCCUUAGAUACUUAUCAAGUCACAUAUAUAAGAAUUACUGAAGUAUACAGUUCUACAGUUUUCUAGUUACAAAGUUUUUAUAAUCAUUUAAUAAGUACAACACAUACAUUGUAAACUAAUGUGCCAAGUAAUCUGAGACAUUCUGGUAGAAAAUAUAUUUCGCGUGUUUAAUACUGAGACAAAACAUCGUGACCUGCAUAAAGAGUGAGGUAAUAUUGGUCAAAAUGCUGGUAGAGUGAUUUACAGUGCCAGCCAUACUUUAUAGCAUGCAGUUUUUGCCAUUACAUUCUAUUGUACAAAUUGCAGUCAAAAUCCAGUUCUUUUACUACGGGUUUAAUAUCACUUAGUACAAUGAGACAAAACAGCUUAAUGCCUUGUACGCUGUAAGACAUAAAUUGACUGUGAUACUGGGUUUUAGAACCAUUAAAAUAUUCACAUGUAAACUGCUAGUGCUAGUGAAAUACUUUCAAGAGCAAAUUUUUAUACUGCUGCCAACUGACAUGUAAAUUUGUAAAUAUAUCUGAAACAUUGAAAUUGCUCUAUUGGCUUAUACUUUAUACAUUCAGUGGUACAUUUUGGCCACAAAGAUCAUUUUCGGCAUGUGUACUUGACAUGAUAUGUGUGUUGUUAUCGGAAGGUUGUAGAUUUAAUUAGUUUCAAAUACGUGUAGCUUGUACAGUAUUUAAAAUAAUAUCCUAAAUCUCAUCUACUGAGUUUGAGAAUUGUUUCUUUAGGUCUGAUAAAAAAAUCCUACAAUCAAAUCUUAUUAAUUUCAAUUCAUUUAAUCCUCAGAUUACUUCUGAAGAUCAGGAUAAGGUAAUACAUUACAGUAGACACAAAGUCAACUGGAUAUUUUGAAUUGUGUAAUAGCAAAUAAGGAAUACUUUAGUCCAGAGAUAUAAUAAUAAAUUUGAAUUCUGAAUAGAUAGAAUCAAAAUUGUUCCCUUGCCUGCAAAGUAAUUGUUGAUACAUAGGUCAUCUAAUCACAAAUUACAAACAAGCCAGCAAAUACCUGGACUACAUUUCAUUGUUAUCCUCCCUUAAAGGUGUGAGAUAUCAUUCUACUAUGUGAGAAUGGCACUUAUAUUGUUUAUAACCAUCAUUGGAUCCUUGAAAUAAAACUACUUUUUUAGCCAUCUUUAUGCUGUCUUUAUGAUGAACUCUGACAGGACUGGGGGGUGGGGGCAACUUUCUAUGUCGCUGCCUGAGUGAGAACCUGGUGGAGUGGGUUAUCCCACUGCUGUAGAAGAGCCCCCCCUCCCCAUUUUCAUAUCAUUCAUAUCAAAUGAACAGAAAGUAGAUGAACUUUCUAACAACCAGUGACACAUCUACGUCACGAUACUAAAGAAAGUGAUCAUAGACCCAUUCCAUUGAUGUGUGACGAAGUUAACAAGUGUUUUUUUAAUUGUGACAUAAUCAAUAUAAUUUUACUAAAAGUUAAUAAAGAAUUCAGUAUUAGAACAUGACAUACCAUUUAAGUGGUAUUUAACUCUUAAGAUACCAAUAAAAAUGGCAUGAAGAAUUGCCAUGAAGUACUGAAAAUACAGCCAUACUUAAUCAUAACUGCAUAAAUGUUAUGAUGUGACAGAAUUGCAUCUCUGAUCACUGGCACUAUGCAGCCGAUAUAGGAUCAAACAUAUUAAUUUCUACUGAAGUCAAUGGAGCCAAACAUAGGGAAGAGGCGACAGAAGGCGGCUGAUAUGAUAGCAUCAUUUAAAGCCAGUGACCAAAUCUGAAUUUGUAAUCAUACCCUGCAAAAGAAAUUAAAGAGAUUGAUUAGAGGUGGCUGGCUCCUGCUGGGAUUACUAGCUUCUCUGACUUUCAAAGACUGAUCUAUUGAGACACAACAUUCUGUGACUUACAGUCAGAUAAAAUUAAAUGGUGUGAAGCCGUGGACUCAGAAAUACCAAAAAGGUAAUAACCUCUUUGGCAAGUUAACUACUUCGUGGCAGUCUUUCUUUCAUUUUUAGUUAUUCAUGAGUAUUCGCAUUUGGCAAGAAUGCAGGUCUAUAAUAACUUUUUGAAAAUAAAUUCAUCAAUUCAUUUUGAUUAUACUUUUAGUAACACACAGGUGCUCUUAGACUAUGGACGAAUUUCUAGCUAUUUUAUUUUCCAGCUCUUCCUAGAAAAAAAGUGAUAUGCAUUAAUUCCCAAUCUGUUUAUUAAUAUACAUCCAAAAAUACAUUUUAAUUUGGACACUGCUAAUAUUUACAAUAGGUUUCCCUUAUUCGGUACCUAAGUAAUCUAAAAUUUCUAGACAUAAUAAAGUGUGGGUGGAACUCACAGUGGCAAGGAAGUCUAGCUGAUUUUCAUUCCAUUCCAAUCAGCAAACUGCAAACUGAAGUGAGUUCCCCUAUAGGCAUUCAUUCCUCCCGCAGCUGAUCCUAGACAAUUUAAUUCACACAGGAAUUGGGCGUGGAAAAUCAGUCACUUAGCAAAGUUCAAACACAAACCUUCAGAAAACUAGACACCUAUUCCAAGAUUCUUUGGCCGUCCUUUAUAGUAAGCCAGUCACAAACACAUCUUGAUCCUUCCUUACUCUUUGCAAAGGUCAGUUCAAAAUUACACUGAGGCAGGAUGCAGCCAGGUUUUGCAGAUUUAGGUUGUUUCCUGUGUUCAGUGAAAAGAAGCCUAACCAUUAAUGCUGAAAAAAUAUAACACCUAAUCUUAGUUUUCAAAACAUUUUAUCAAUUCAGUUCUAUUUUCCUGAAUUAUUUACAAGAACCAUUAUACGAGGGAUGAUUGAUAAGUUCGUGGCCUAAGGUAGAAGGAGUCAAUUUCAGAAAA